AUGGCUGACCCCGGGUUUGAAACAUUGCGCGUCAACCGUGGUCAGACAAGGGCUUUGCAAAGGAACAAGGAGAUCUUCUCUAUUUGGUGGUUCUCGCUUUUGCCCAAUUCAUCUUCAGUGAGAUUGCUAGAAAGCAUUGAUUACUGUGGUCUUAAUAUGGUGUAUAUUUUAGACGGUCAGGUCUUGCAGGAUGAUGAUCCACGCGUACAACAGCGGAAAAGAAGUAGCGAACAACCACGCCAAGCCAAUCCCAACUACCGUUCCAAUAUAGCUGCAGCCAGUGGUCGCCAUGCUAAUCGUGUUCGACCUCAAGCCACACAAGGUGUUGUCGGCCAAAUCAAUCAGCAAUUAACAUCAUUUGGUAUACCUCAAUUUACUAUUGCUAAUCGAGUUGUUGAACCGAUCGCUUUAGUAGGUGGUCUCAUCUUGCUGAUGGUAUUUGGAGUCCGUGGUUUACUCCUGGGUGGUGUACUGUGGUUUGUUACACAACCCAAUCCAAAUAGUUAA